AUCCGCAAACUAUGCGUCUUACCAGUCAACAUCGAACCGACCCGGCAAUAAAGUCAUGUCACUAGUUCAUUCCAUUAGCGUAACGGUCCUUUUAGUUUUUUUCUUUACGUUGUUCGAUUAAUUCCAUGUAAUAAUUCGAUGUAUUCUUCGUAUCCAUUAUUCUUUAAUGUGUAUUUUUUGAUCGCGAGUUACUGCGAUGAAUAAUGUAGCGUGCGACAAUUCAUUUUCGCCACGGCGGGCGGCAUUGUUUACCAAGCAUCUCAUGCCGUCAUUUCUUUCGCCGAGUCUGCAGACCUCGGGCAUUUCAAUCCCAACUUUAUGUCUACAUGCGGAAUCACUCACGACUCGACGGAAUCCCCACGCGUCGCUCGGACUACUCCGUCAUUCGGCACUGUCGUCCCGAGGCGGGCGGUAUGUUCGGGAUCCGGACCACGGUCAAACCAUUUUGGUUAAUUAGUCUUCGAUUAAAAUUUCGUCGAGUCUUGCGUGGCCAAUCGAGCACCAGAUGUUUGUCGCGCGCUAUCCGGAUCUCGCAAUAUUUGCGUCGUUCGCGAUCGAAAAUUGACCUCGGACGGGCGCGAACCCCGACGAUCUCGCUCGCACGGCUUAAAUCCUCACGUGCGAUGGACAGAGACGAAAGAGCUCUCUUGUUUGGUCGCGUCUGCCUAUUUUUCUCCACCGAAGGCGACAAACAGGCGACGCCGCUGUCGAUCGCUCGUCGAGGACAAAGCCAGAGAAGAUUCAGCCUUGUUCGCGAACGAAUCUUGGUCGCAGACAGUAUUCAUAUAUUUCGCCAACGUUCGGCCGCCCGGUAAAUCGUUCCAAGUUCUCGAGAUCGAGUUCGGCGCGUGUUCCGCUGUAGCAGAGACGCGCGUUCCCGAUCUAAGCUCGAUAUCUUCGACGGACGAUCCAAGCACGCAGAUUCGCGUUCUCUCGAGACCAUCCGUGCCUGACUUUUUGUUCGUCUGUUUUGUCGACGGUGUUCUAAUAAACCUGGUACACGAACAUUCCGCGGACUUAGUGAACUCCAGUCACACGCCCCAGUCCUUGCCGUGAUCAGCGAGUGGUCACUUUUCCCGUCGCACGUUCUCUUCCGAACGGAAUCAGCCGUCAGAGCCGGAGUCCGACCACGACAGUUGGAUCUCGCACAGGCUUAAAUUUGUUAAUUCAAGUUGAAGGGUAUCAAAUAUUUCGAAAUUGAUAUUCCUCUUUUAACUUUAUAUUUUAUUUAAUAAGACGCGUGACAAAGAUUCAACGAUUGUUCGAAAUUGUCUAUAUAAUUCUAAACAUAAUCGUUCUUUUCCUUUGUAAUUGUAACGUUUGCGUAAGCAAGCCUCGAAAUAUGUCAUUCGUAUUAUCCGCCAUUUGCCUCCUUAUUACUUCAUUGGCCACUUGAUAUCCCUAGUGGGAUGUCGCGGAUCUGGUUACACUUUGUUUCGUGGCGAAAGGUCACUAGUGACGAGCGCGCGCGUUGCCAGCGCCUCCUCAGUGAAAGUUUGGUCGCGGUGCGAGUGGCUCGGUGCAUCGGUGUGCCUCGGCAGUACUCGGCACCGACCGAGCUGGUAGUUGGUGCGCGAUUAGGUGCGAGAUCGGAGCAUCCAGUCUCGCCAUCGCGGACGCAGCUGCGUACGCGCGCGUGCGUGCUUGUCGCUCGGUGCGCUCAUGAGGACAUACGUGUACAUGUACGCGAGUGGGCGUGUAUGUGUGUGUAUCGGCCGUGCGUUCGUUUCCCGACUCGUAUGCACGCGCGCAUGUACGUAUGCGUGGUGACCCGCGCUCUUCACCGAGAAGGAGAGCGAGUUGCCGUUGCCGCCGCUGCUGCUGCUAUGCAUCCUCGCUAAGACGGCUAAGUGGCUCGCGGCGAGCAUGUCGCGAAAAUAAUCGCGCCGGUCUCGCGAGUGUCUCUCUGUGCGCGAACUCGGUGAGGUGGUGGUCGCCGGACACGCCACUCGACUUGCUGCCUGCAUCUCCGUCUCGCUUUUCCGUUCCCCGUUGUUAUUCCCCGUCUCUCUCUUUUCCAAUCGUACGCACUCGUUACGCACUUCACGCUUCUCGUCCCUCUCCCCUCGUUCCCUGUCACUCGUCGCGGCGGAACGACGUUUGUAUCGUGCGCUACGGAUACGCGGAGAGGCGGAAAAGGUGAUCGGAGUGUCCCGCGGAAUUCAUGAGAGACGACGGGUGAGGGGUGAACGGUGCACGCGGAACGCGGAACGCGAAGGUGUGCGCGCGGUCGCCGACGACGAGAAGAACGAGGGCUAGCACGAGGACGCGAGGGGGAGCCGCGGCAGCGAGAAGGGAUCCGCCGAAGGGACAGCCUCGGUUGCAGCUGGGGGGGUGGGGCGGCUGGCGGGAGACGAGGCAACUGACAGAAAACUAGAAAGGGAGGAAAGAUGCCGGGCCUAAUCGCCGUCAGCGAGUUCGUCGAGGAGACGAGGGAGGACUACAACUCGCCCACCACGUCCACCUUUGUCUCGCGGAUGCCACAGUGCAGGCAGACCAUCACGUCCCUCGAGGAGACUUUGGACUUUGACAGGGACGGUCUCACGAAACUGAAGAAAGCUAUCAAGGCUAUCCACAACUCGGGAAACGCUCACGUGGAUAACGAAGUAUAUUUGGGAAGGGCGUUGGAGAGACUGGGUGACGCCGCUCUGAAGGAACAGGAGCCGGAUAUAGGCGCGGCAUUUCUCAAAUUCGCGGUUGUCACGAAGGAGCUGAGUGCCCUCAUGAAAACCCUGAUGCAAAACAUCAACAACAUCGUGAUGUUUCCCUUGGAUUCGGUGCUAAAGGGCGAUCUGAGAGGCGUGAAGGGGGACCUGAAGAGGCCUUUCGAGAAGGCCUGGAAAGACUACGAGGCCAAAUACGCGAAAAUUGAGAAGGAGAAGAAGCAGCAUGCCAAGGAGGCCGGCCUGAUCCGUACGGAAGUCACGCCCGCCGAGAUCGCCGACGAGAUGGAGAAGGAGAGACGGUUGUUUCAGUUACAGAUGUGCGAGUAUCUGAUCAAAGUGAACGAGAUCAAAACGAAGAAGGGUAUCGAGUUGUUGCAGCAUCUAGUCGAAUAUUAUCACGCACAGACAAAUUAUUUUCAGGAUGGCUUGAAGACGAUUGAACACUUUGGCUCAUACGUGGCCGAUCUCAGCGUGAAAUUACAAAAAAUCCGGCAAACCCAGGAUGAGGAAAGGAGACGGUUAACGGAACUCAGAAGCCUCCUCAGGAGCUCCGGGUGUGAUAAAGAGUUGAAUGCGAACGCGAAUGUGGGGUACUCGUUGCACCAGCUGCAGGGGGAUAAGCAACACGGUGUCACGCGUUCCGGCCACCUGCUGAAAAAGAGCGAGGGCAAGAUGAGGCGAGUAUGGCAAAAGAGGCGGUGCGCCGUGCAGGCGGAGGGCUACCUCGAUAUCUGCCACGCGGACGAGAACAAGCCGCCCACGAGAGUGAACCUAUUGACCUGCCAGAUCAAGUUGGUGCCGGAUGAUAAGCGCGGCUUCGAUCUCAUAAGCUACAAUAGAACGUACCAUUUUCAAGCGGAGGACGAGGCGGAUCAGCGCGCGUGGAUGUCGGUUCUAGUGAAUUGCAAGGAGCGUGCCCUGCUCCGAGCGUUCGACGCGAGCGGCAAGGCGGAGCCCGGUAGCGGCAAUCCUAGUCUCGUAGAACUGCAGCAGGCCGUCAUACGAUGCGCUAUGCGGUUACCCGGAAACGAUCAGUGCUGCGAUUGCUCGUCACAAAACGAUGCUACGUGGCUGUCGACGAACUUUGGCAUAAUAGUAUGCAUAGAGUGUAGCGGCAUCCACCGGGACUUGGGCGUGCACAUAUCGCGAAUACAAUCCUUGACGUUGGACAACGUCGGUACCGCUCAGCUGCUGUUGGCGCGACACAUGACCAAUCAGGCGUUCAAUGAAGUGAUGGAGAGGACGUUACGUCACAAUCUCAAGCCGUCGCCGACGUCGACGAUGGAGGAGAGAUACGAGUUUAUACGCGCCAAGUACGUGGACAAGAGAUAUGUGUUGAACACGUGCGCGGACGAGCGCGAUCUACUUUCCGAUUUGGAGCACGCCGUUAAUAACCACGACCUGCAUCACCUUCUACAAGUUUAUGCCGAGAACGUAGAUCUGGCCGCGCCGUUGCCGACUUCGGACGUAGGUGAAACCGCGUUACACUUGGCCAUUCUGCGCGAGAUGGGCAGCAGUCUUCACAUUGUGGAUUUUCUCGUGCAAAACAUGCCGAGCGGUGGUAUCGAUCGGACAACUAUCGACGGUGAAACGGCGUUGCAUCUUUGCGCGCGGCACGAUCGAGCGGAAGCGAUGAAACUGCUUCUGCGAGCUGGCGCGGAUCCCUCCCAUCGGAACAAGCAAGACAAGACUCCGCUCGAUAUCGCUCAAGAAAUGGGACAUCAUACGUGUAAAGAACUGUUGAGUCACGCUUUGCAGAGGCAAAAGACAUUGUUCGAUAAUGUGAACAUUGACUGGAACCUUUCUCACGACGAAGGCUCCACAGAUUUCUCCGACGACGAGACGAUAAUAGAAGACAGGAAUGGAUGCCUGACGCCCGAGAAGAAAUCACGCAGCAGGCCACCGUCGUACGCCGGAGGCGGUGGUACGGGUGACUCGCCGGUGACGUUGCGCAGUCGGAGCAGUACGUGCGACAGCUUGCAGAGCGGAUCUUCUCCGAGCGCGUCAACGAAUCGCCAGCAAAUGCCCCCGCCGCCGCCGCCGCAAGCGAGAAAACCCGUAGCUGUGCCCACUCCCAUGGCGCCGGACAUUUCAAUGAACAUCCACGGCUCGCUGAAAAAGCGGAUAGCGCCGCCACCACCGCCAACCACCGGGAAUGCUGCGAGCGGCAUCGUUCUGCCACCGUCGCACUACGGUACGCUACCCACGUUGGCUACGUCGACGCACAGUCGUACGACCAGCGAGCCGAUUUUAGCCGGCCACACUUUACACACUCUACCGCAUACGUUGAACACACUAAAUAGCCAACAUCAUAAGAGAUCACCGAGCGGCGACUCGUCGACCGGACACGCUAUGGACAAGGUGAAUAGCUCGACGCUGCAGAGACCGCGAAAUCCGCCACCACCGGCACCGUCCGGUGUCACGUCCAGAUUAAGCAACGGACGCAGCAGCGAGUCAUUGAGCUCCAUGUGCUCGGAUCACGGUCUGGGCAAUCCCAUUCCACCGCCGCGGAAGCGAAGGGACCGGUCCAGGCUAGAGAGCUACGCUGAGGAACCUUCGUCUUUGCUCCCAAAUCUGAAUCUGCCGACUUCGUCGACGUUGACCGGUCUGCGACGCUGCCGGGCCCUGUACGACUGCGAAGCCGACAACGAAGACGAGCUAUCGUUUCGCGAGGGCGAAGUCAUUAUCGUGACAAACGAGCAGACUGACGACGAUAAUUGGAUGGAAGGCGCGUUAGAACGAGCGCCCGAUAGGCGGGGCAUGUUUCCGAUUAGCUUCGUGCACAUGCUGCAGGAUUAACACUCGGUAAGUUUAAACUCGUUGGCGAGCGUCUUCAGCACUGCCAGCUCGAUGAGCGUCGCUAGUCUCGGCCGGAGAAGCUGGCUGAGGAAGCCGAAGGAGUGAAACGAACGAGACGCGUGUUCGAGCCAUCAUCUUUGUUUCUGCAAGCCUCUCCCGAAUUCCGUGGCAGCCACGAGCGUUUGAAGAAAGAGAUGUUAGAUUUGAUCGACGGGCGCCACUAGGAAAUAAAAACACUUUGUCUACAUUUGGACUCUCGUUUUUCAUAUUUUUGCUGAUGUAUCUCUCGAUAUUUUUGUUUUUAACGUACAUCACGAAUCCUGUAAUAAAUCUCAGUACGCUCUUUCGUCAUGCAUGAAAUAACUGAUCGUACAAACACCUCGAGGUCGAUGUUCGGGGGUUUCUGAUAUUUAUCGAAGAAUGUUGUAUCUGAAGAGUUUAUAUACAUAGAGAUUUUAUUCAUCAAUUCGUAUUAUAUACGAUACGCAAAAUAUAAUAUAGUGGCAAGUUAAAAUUUCGGCUGACAAAGCAUGAUAUUGAUAACAACGCGUUGCAGUAACUGACUUUGCAACUGACGUUACAAUUGGAAUUAAGAAUGAUUCUCGAUUGUAAAGCCACGACGAUAAAAUGUGAUACAUAAUAUUUCAGAGUAAAUAAUUAAUAACUGCGAAAUAUAUAUGAAAACUCUCUAUGAUAUAUAUAUAUAUAUAUAUACAUAUAUUUAAAGAGCAGAUUAACGAACAAAUUGUGAGUCAUGAAUGACAUUUUCCAUAUUAAAUGGUUUAACGAGAUGUUAAUGUAGAUUUUAUCUGCUGCAUUCAACUGAUGUACGGGAUGAGAGGUCCUCUUUCCCAAAAACACAUAAAUCAAGCAUCUAUUAAUAAGGAAAAGUUAAUGAUAAAUAUGUAAUAAUAAAUAACUGUAUGUUAGAGCUAAAACAAAAUAUAUGAAAGAGACUCGAAUGCAAAUUAGAAAAAUAUAUAAGUUUUUAGUAUCGAUUUCACCAAUAUCUAAAGAGAUCCUGUACGGUGUACACUCGUGAUCACAUUGGUGAUCAACGAAAUCGUGUCGAGAAGAAAAAGAGAAAUACGUACAGUUGUGUUAGUUAUCUCAAUGUACGUACUUACGUACGUACGUACGUUCUAUUGAUCUGGUGCAUGUUCUUUUUUCUCUACUGCCAAUAUAACGGAUCGAUUUAACGUAGUAAUAGACAGAAACUCGUGGUAUAGGAUACCGUAUUCGUAUUUUACGUUUAACGCUAAAUAUGCCUAUCUACUUGUAAGGCUGAACUGUUGAAUGCAAUCUUCAUGCGAGACAAAUAAAUCUCAAAAUCAAACGAUCAUGUUUGGCGUUAAAUACAUUAAAUACGAACUAUAGUUCUUAGCAACAACGGGAAACGAUAAAAUUUCGUGAACGGAGAAAACACUGGAGGAGAUGAAUUUUACGAAGAUGAAGCACGAGAUGUUAUACACACGAUAUUGCAUGACACUCGAUAGUAUUAUAUUAGCGUAUUCAACUUAAGAUCGUCGUUACGAAUGUAUAUGUACAUUUUCUUUUUGUAAUGCCAUACUACAUUAUUAGUCGAUUCUCCGAUAAAAUAUGACGCUCGAAACUGGUUGUUAGCCGCUAAGCGUGCUACAAAAGACGACAGAAAUGUGUAACGUGAUCGCGUUAUAUUAUUAUUAAUAUUCUAUUCGAGUACAUGAGACCAAAGAGGAUUUUGCAAAAGAAAUAGAAUCGUCGAGAAUGGAAUAUUUGCGGAAUCGUUUUAAUCGAUUGAGUUCUUUUAAUUUAAUUUAACUUCUCACGUUUAAUACUGGAAAUAUGUAGCAAAAUUCAUUUUUUGAGUGUAAAAUAUUGUAACAACUCUAGCAGUACUUUAAUAAUAAUAAUAAUAAUAAUAAAACGUAAUUAUAUAUAUAUCUGCUGUCAUCGAUCGAUGAAACGGUUCCGCAAAUCGUCACGAUUCAGUAAUGUUAGCCUGAUCGACGGGAUCGGCAUGUGUUCCUCGUGUAAUAUAUACGGACUGUGCGUCGUUGCUUCGUCAGCACGAGUGUGAUUACUGAAGCUGUAAUUUUUUUUCUUACGAUUAUUAAUAGGGCUUUGUACAUAAACAAACGAAAGUAGAGUAUACGUUAUCAGCUGUGACACUAUUUCUCUCAAGUGUAAUUAAUUGAUUUAAGGGUGUAACGCCUAAUUAUAUAUUAAUAUAUAAUUAAUAUAUAUUAAUAUAUAUUAAUAAAUUGCUUCAUCCAAAACAUAGCUGCUACAUAGAGAAAUUUCGCAGAGAACGUUUCGUUUUAUUUAGAUAGAAAUAAACUUUUAUUUACUUCAAUCGCGCGUGUGCGCACGUCAUCCUUUUAUGUGUACAUAGAUUCUCUCAUACGUAACAUUUUUCUAAACAGCUAAAUAUCUACAUUUUGUACGUUUUCAAUUUUAUUAUUCUCAUGGUCAAAAAUAAAUCGUAUUAAUUAUUAUCAUUAUGACCAUAAAUGGUGUUAAGAAUAUUAGUUUCACAAAUUUACUAUCUAUAACAUUCAGAAUAGAAACGUCAGAGUAAACUAAGGUGCCAUUAUCAAAAAUAAUUCUUCUCAUAAAGACUUUAGGAAAAAAUUGUUCCGCUUUAAAUUAAAGUAUAUAUCACGCGUUAUAUUACCUAAGACUAAUAUAAAAUAAUUAAAAUCAACAGAUUAAGGGAGAGAAUCGCCAGUUUAUAUAAUGAACAUUUUUUAAUGUGACUAUGGAGUUCUUUGAUCUUCUAAUUUCGACAACACAUACCAAUAAUAACACGAACCAUUACGCAAUUGACUGGUCAUCACAUUUAAGGGAAGUGAAGUCGUUCUCUAGGAUAUCGUCGGUUUGAUAGCCGUGUUUCUCAAUAUCUUAAAUGCAGUUGUUUAAAAACAGGAAGUAAACGCGAAUAAAUGCAAUCUUAUUUUUAAGCCCAAACGAUAAUCUAAGGUAAGCCUAACGAGAAAUAAGCGUACCGUUAUAUCGAAGUUGUAUCUCGCCUAUGACUUCAAAACGUAAUAAUGUCUGUAAUAAAAAAAGGAAGUGUUAUCUAUUUCAAACAUUGAAUGGGCGUUCUUUUACCUCGCUUUAUCUUGAAAUUCGCGAAUUUCAUAGCAAACGCAUCAAUAUCGUCAUGUUGAUGAUUUACGUUCGAAAUAGGAAAACGUGUCGUCGAUCUAUGUAAAUACGUGUAUAGAAUUAGAAGUAGAAAUCGUGGUACGUAUGCGCGUGUGCGUGAGACGAUGGAAAGAAAGGGAAAAUACGUCGAUGUUUAUAUUAUGUACCGAACACAUAUUAAAAAAAAAAACGAUAUAGUCUAAGUAUGUGGAUACUGUCUAUUUAACUGUACGGUUUAAACGAUGAUCCUUUGCAUUUCAAACUUAAGAGUAGUCAUUAAGUAGGCUGUAAGUAUUUAUUAUAAUUUUGUAGUCUACUCGUACUAGGCGAAACGUGCGUGAGUGUAUAGAAACGAAACAAGGUUCUUCAAAUGUUUGGUACGAAUUGCAAAAUGCCUGACUCGAAUCGAUUGCAAUGAUGUAAUCGUGACUAAACUCUCUCUCUUUCUCUCUGUCUAAUUCUACGUUACGACUACGAUUGUCAGUCGAGACGGGGCGGAUAGUUCUUAAUAUCAAUUUUUUAUAAAUGGUUGAUAAAUAAUUAAAACAUUAUAAAAAAGCAAAAAAGAUCCAAAAGCCCUUGAGACGUUUCCUAUCCAUUCCUUUUUGGGUGCCCCGUCUAUAUUUGGCAGAGAGCUAGAGAGAGAAUCACAGAGUUAACUAAAGAUUAAAGUAUAAUUCAUCCCGAGGGUAACGUAUCAGUCGCUACACGAAGACGCACGAAUUCGGAGAGAUAACGACUCCUUGGAUCCGAGGCAGCAGCACAAAUCAUUUUGUACUCGUAUCUGAUAUUUUACCAACCUUAUACCGAUAUUGCGUGAGAAGAUAUAUUAAUAUAUUAAAUCCUUACGUGUACGUAGCCAUUCCGUUGUCGCGAAAAAAUUAGAUGAAGCGAAGAACGAUGACGAGUCGAUCGAAUAAAAUCGUACGAUUCUAGAUUCGGCGAACGUGCGUCGCUCGCUGAUGCAGGUCUAAACAUUUAUAUAUUAUGGAACGAUAUAGAUAUUGUAUCGACAUUUAUCUAUUACCUUUCACCGUUAAAACUGUGCACAUUGUCCCCGAGCUGAACGCGACUUCAGAAAUGUAAUAAAAGAAGAAAAUAAAUGCUGUUUAGAGAACUACAAG